CAUCGUUUCCAAACGUGUUUUAACAGAUUCGAAUAUUUCGAGGUAGUGAACUCGUUAGAAAAAAUUUAUUGAGUGUGAGAAUUAAAAAAUUUAACUCGACAUGGAAAACGUUUCAUGGCUGAUAAUUUUAAGUUUGUGCGCGAGUCUCGUUAAUUGUUUGGAUCUCGGUCCGGUCGUUAGGAUCGCACAGUGUAGAUCACAGUGUCUUAAAAGAUAUAGCACCGAUGGAACGUGCGAUUGGUUCUCGAGUCGACCAGAAAACAUUUGCAGUGAGUGCUGGCAAAAUUGCGAGGCCGUGGAAAAACGAUGGGAGGAAACUAGUAAAACUAUUUGCGAAGGCGAACACUAUACUCAAUGUCCAGCUUGUCAGAUAGCAUGUUCCUAUCGAAAAACGAGAGUAGCAGAAAAGUAUCUCCCCUCGAUGUUACCAGCACCAAAAAAGGGUCCAAUAAACUUGGACAAUUUCGAUGUGGCCAUAGUGAUGCGAAAAGUACAUAAACAAUGGAAAGACACAGGUUAUUAUCCAGGUGGAAGAGUACCAAAUCUCCGACCAGACACUUGGAUAAUCGUUGUUACAGAACAAGGUAUGAAGCAAUACAGUUGGCAAGAGUGGGUGCCUACUUUGGAGUGUUUGAAGGAAGGAUUAUUGUACGAGGCUACUGUGUCGUGGAAAGAUGUAUCGAUACAGCUUAGAAAGCAACAAGAUCUUGAACAAAAGAGAUUCAAUGAUAGAGUAAGACAAUUCUUUCUUGAAAAAUAUGGUGAAAAAGUUUUAACAGAAUGGAGGAGCCAAGAGGAUUCACAAAUUUCCGAAGAAGUCUUUAGGAGAUUUUUCUUCAGAAGGAAGGACGAACGUAACGAUGAAGUUCUAGAAGCCGAUGGUAGUCCAUCGACUAAUGGCAACUCCUUCGAAGAUUUAGUCAUCGAAAAAGAUGGGUUCUCGAAAAAAAAGGAAUCAUAUAUAGUAUCCUGGGAACCAGAAACUGGAGGUCUCAUCGGCAAUCAAGUAACAGAUUCCAACUCGGUUCAAAUCUCUCUUUUUCCUGGUACCAAAUAUCUCGUUAGGAUAGCAUCGAACGAAGGUCCUGGUAGUUUCCCCAUCGAGGUCGAUACCAGGCCGGGUUCCAUCCAAGUCAAACGAGUGAAGAGAAAUUUCCAAGAUUUAUAUCCCUGGGAUGUCUCUGCUGCCUGUAUCUCCGCCGUGAUCAUAAUCUUUGCUAUUAUUAUCGCAAAGUUUUUAAGAAAGAAGAAGAAAAUAAACGUCGAAGACGUUUAAAUAUAAUAAUUUUUUCUUUACUAAGGAUUUGGUCAGACCCAAUUGACUUUAUUGUCGUCGAUAACGCGAUAACAUAUUUGGGAUAUUUAAGUGUUGCAUGUGUCUUGUCGUUUGUCGACAAGCUGAGACUAUAUGAUAAACAGCAGUGAACGUACAAAUAUUACUCAGGAGAUUUAGAAUAGAAAAAUGAGAUAUUUUUUUACGUCGUAGAUUAUAAUAGAUAAUGAAUUGAUCUUAUUCAAGUUUGCAACGAACAAACUGUAUAAAAGAGUUCCUAUGACGUAGACAAGAAAUCUGACACUCG